GGGGUUUUGCGCGUCUGUCACAGGCUGUGGUGUCGCAUCCACUAUUUUGAUCAUCCAAAAUAGCCUUGCAUGGAUACAUCAUGGCUACGUUUAUAUGCAGGGCACAGUUCUUAGAUGAUACUGAUCCAUUUAACAGCACCAAUUUCCCUGAGCCCACCAGACCACCUCUCUACACGUUCAGGGAAGAUAUUCCUCUGAUAAAUCAGAUUGCUGGAGUCCACCGGCUGCUAAAAGCCCCACAGAAGCCCGAUGACUGUGCCCUUCAGCUGUCCCAUAAUGGAAGCUACCUGGACUUGGAGUCUACCCUGGCAGAGCAGAGAGAUGAGCUGGAGGGAUUUCAGGAGGAAGGAGGGAGAGGCAAGAAACACAGCAUUAUUCUUCGAACACAGCUAUCAGUCAGAGUUCACGCCUGCAUUGAAAAACUCUACAACUCGACUGGAAGGGAGCUACGACGAGCCCUCUUUUCCCUCAAGCAGAUUUUUCAGGAUGACAAGGACCUGGUGCACGAGUUUGUGGUGGCAGAAGGACUGACAUGCUUGAUCAAAGUGGGAGCUGAAGCCGACCAGAACUACCAGAACUACAUCCUCAGGGCUCUUGGUCAGAUUAUGCUGUAUGUGGAUGGGAUGAACGGCCUCAUAUCUCACAAUGAAACGGUCCAGUGGCUUUACACCCUGGUCGGAUCCAAGUUCCGUCUGGUGGUGAAGACGGCGCUAAAGCUGCUGCUGGUGUUUGUGGAGUACACAGAGUCUAAUGCCACCCUGUUGAUAAAGGCUGUGAAUGUCGUGGAUGCCAAAGGAGGCACAAAACUGUGGUCAAACGUCAUGGAGAUCCUUGAUGAGAAGGAUGGAGUGGAUACAGAGCUGCUGGUGUAUGCAAUGACACUCGUCAAUAAGACUCUGGCAGGUCUCCCAGACCAGGACUCCUACUAUGACAUGGUGGACUGUCUGGAGGAACAGGGCAUUGAAACCAUGGCCCAGAGACACCUGAGCAGGAAGGGCACGGAUCUCGACCUCGUAGAACAGUUCAACAUCUACGAGAUGACUCUUCGUCAUGAGGAUGGUGACGAUGAAACCCAGUUGCCUCCCAGCGGCCGAAAGGACCGUCGACGGGCCAGUGUUGGCGCUAACAACGAAAGGCGGGGCCUGGAGAGAAGACGCAGCCGGAGACAUUCGCUCCAGAAUACCAGAGGCCAUGCUUCUGCCCCAGCAUCACCCAGCAGCCCACACACUCAUGCAAGAAGCUUCCUGCCCUUCGGUGGCCAGGGUGUUGAAGACAUCAGUGAAAGUCCAAUGGAAACAAACAACUCUCCUGCAUCUUUCACAGCUAGAAAGCCUUGCUGGGCUGAAAGAAUCACUGCCAAUGGCACUCCAUACCCUGGCAGGCACCAGGCUCCUGCAUCACCCAUCCAUCGCUUCUCUGGUUCAGCGGCCUCCACGCCAGAAUCCAAAGCUGACAGACCCGCUUUGGGGGGCUUACUAACGUCAUCGUACAGACAGCAUCAAGAAACGCUGGCCGCAGAGAGAGAGCGGAGACGCAUGGAAAGAGAAGAGCGUCUGCAGAGAAUCGAAAGAGAGGAGAGGAAUCGCUUCAAUCGAGAUUAUGUAGACAAGAGGGAAGAAGCAAGACAAGCCAGAGAGGAAAGGUACAAGGCUGUGGAGAGGCUCGCUGCAGAGGAGUUUGAGCGGGAGCGCCCCAGAGUGCCAACGAGAGGACGGACUGAGAUCACUUUGUGUUUGAGUUCCAACCCUGCCAGCCGCUCAGCGCCUCGCUGUGCCACACCCUCAUCCAUCAUCUCACCGGAAGACACCGUCACCACUGCACACCAGACAUCGGGAACAGAACACAUCUCAGAGCCAAACCUUGACCCACAGACCAGAACCAAAAGUCCAGCGCCAGAGUUAGCAGUAUCAGAACCUUCCCCCACACCUCCCCCCGAGCCAGAAAAGCAACAGACUGAGACAGAGUCGCCUGCGGAGACAGAGGAUGUUGCUGAGUCUGACCAGAAUGUAGUGGCAGAGCCGGCGUCAGAUGAACAGUCAGGCAUGGAGCAGGAAGAGAGGCAAGAGCAGGAGAAACUUGAGGAGCAGAAACAGUGCAUGGAUGAGGCAGCGGUAGAAGAGCAGGUAGAGGAAGCAGAGGUAGCUGAUGUAGCAGAGGUGGGACAGCCAGAUGUGGAGCUAGAGGAGGAGUGUGAGAAGGAGCAGCCGACGGAAAGGGAUGUAGAAGAUAGUGUACUGCUGAGUGAGAAGGAGAGACAGAAUGAGGAAGUGAAUGAAAAAGACAACUGCUCUGCAUCCAGCAUCUCCUCUACGAGUAGCACUCUGGAGAGGGAGGAGCGGGAGGAGAAGCUCACCACCGACACUGAAGCAGCUCAAUGGACUCAGUGCAUUAAAGACGCAGAUGUGAACGACCAGUGCAGCAAAAUUCUCAACAGCAAGCGCUUCAUGCUGGACAUGCUCUAUUCUCAGACGACAACCAGCAAGGAUGAGGGGAAUGCAGGAGAAACAGACAAAGAAAAAUGUAAAUGUGAGAAGGAGACGGAGGUCAGUGACUCCUCUGUGGCUAGUUUGGCCAGCAGGAUCUCCACACUGGAGGCUAAUAGACAGGCCAGAGAAGAAAAUGUGAAAAAAAUGGAGGUGGGUCACCUGGACAACCAGGGCAGUGUCCGAGCAGUGGCAGAGAGGUUUGGAGAUUUGGUCAAAGGUUUAACAUCUCCUCUUGAAUUGGAGGCCUCAAAAGAGCAACAGCAGCAGCAGCAGACUGACAAAUCAUCAACCGCUGCAUCGUCAGCUUUACCUCCUAAGAAAGAGUCGGAUUAUAUCUGGGAUCAGCUAAUGGCUGCUCCCAGGGAGCUGCGCAUCAAAGAAAUGGACUUCACAGACCUGAGGGACGAGGAUGACUUGGACAUUUUAGAUAUGGACAGUGUGAUGGGGUCAGGUGACCUGAUACCACCGCCUCCUCCUCCACCGUGCAAUGCUGCCCUGCCACCACCCCCACCAUUGUUUGGGUGCCCCCCACCUCCUCCCCUGCUUGGCAAAAUGAUGCCGCCACCCCCACCAUUCAUGGCCCCUUUCCCUCCACCCUCCCCUCAGCUCAGUCGAGGGGAGGUGCCUCUAUUCCAGAAGAAGAAGAAGACCAUCCGUCUCUUCUGGAACGAGGUGCGUCCUGUGGACUGGCAGUGUAAGAGCCAUAAAUUCUGUAAGGAGUCCCUCUGGUCCAAACUGGAGCCAGUUAAACUGGACACAUCCAAGCUGGAGCAGCUGUUUGAGUCCAAAUCCAAGGAGCUGCCUGUCACGAAGAAAGCAGCUGUUGAUGGCAAGCGACAAGAAAUCAUAGUCCUGGAUUCAAAACGAAGCAACGCUAUAAACAUUGGCUUGACUGUCUUACCUCCUCCGCGCACAAUCAAGACUGCUAUCCUCAACUUCGAUGAGUACGCACUAAACAAAGAGGGCAUUGAGAAAAUCCUGACAAUGAUCCCCACAGAGGAGGAGAAGCAGAGGAUCCAGGAGGCUCAGCUGGUCAAUCCUGAUAUUCCCCUGGGCAGCGCUGAACAGUUCCUUCUCACCCUCUCCUCCAUCACCGAGCUGUCUGCUCGCCUGCAGCUGUGGGCAUUCAAGAUGGACUAUGAGCUUAUUGAGAAGGAGGUGGCAGAGCCUCUGCAGGACCUGAAGGAAGGGAUGGAUCAGCUAGAGAAAAACAGGACACUCCGCUACAUCUUGACCACACUGCUGGCCAUUGGAAAUUUCCUCAAUGGCACCAAUGCUAAAGGCUUUGAGCUGAGCUACUUGGAGAAAGUCCCAGAGGUGAAGGACACGGUUCAUAAGCAGUCUCUGCUGCACCACGCCUGCUCCAUCGUGGUUGAGAAGUUUCCAGACAGCACUGACCUCUAUUCUGAGAUAGGAGCUGUCACCCGCUUGACAAAGGUGGACUUUGACCAGCUUCAAGACAAUCUGGCCCAGAUGGAGCGAAAGUGCAAAGCAUCAUGGGAUCACCUCAAGGUCAUUGCGAAACAUGAGAUGAAACCAGCGUUGAAACAGAAAAUGUCCGACUUCCUCAAAGACUGUGCAGAGAGAAUUAUUAUUCUGAAGAUUGUACAUCGAAGAAUUAUCAACAGGUUUCAUGCCUUUCUGCUGUUCCUGGGCCAUCCGAUAUAUGCAGUACGUGAGGUCAGCAUUCAUCGCUUUAGCAAGAUCCUGAGUGAAUUUGCCCUGGAGUAUCGCACCACGAGAGAGCGUGUGCUGCAACAGAAACAGAAGAGGGCCAACCACCGAGAGAGGAACAAGACCAGGGGAAAAAUGAUAACAGAUAGUGAGGAUGACGAUGAUAGUGAGAGUGGUAAAUUUGGCAGCGCCCCAUCAGAUGCACAGGAGAGCCAGCCUCAGGGUAUCCAGUAUGCUGAAGAUGCAGCUGAACAUGAGAACAUGAAGGCCGUGCUGAAGAGCAGCCUGCACGGCGGGGAGAGUGGGACGUCCACGGUGCCGGGCCUCCGUACACGCACCAGAGCUGGCAGCACCAGAGGGCGUAUUCCCCCAUGGUGCUCUGGCAGUGACGACCCAGUGAACUGCACAGACGACACAGCUGAUGAGAUCAUGGAGAGGAUUGUCAGGUCAGCCACUCAGGGGCCCAGCCAGCGGACUCAACCUCGAGAGAGGAGACGAUCUCGAGCCAACCGAAAAUCAUUGAGAAGGACACUGAAGAAUGGUUUGACAACAGAGGAGGCCAACGCUCUCGGUUUGUCCAGUGGUUCAGAGAUGCAGGUAUGAGCUGGGCCUGGAUCCCACCGGACAUUAAGACGUCUGGAAGCCCUUUCACUGCCCCCUCCAACCCACUGCACUCCAACUUGGCACUAAAAUCCCCCGCUAGCUUUGAUGAGUUGAUCUCAUUUUUAUGCGUUUGGUUUACAUAGGCUUGACGCAAGUGCUUCCUGAAGAAAGUGGAUAAAAAGCUGAACACGAUUUUAUUCAUGAACUGCAGGGCCAGAGAGAGCAGAAACAGAGCGCUGCAUUCAAACCACUAAGCUUUGCUGUUGCUGGAUAAACAUCGAUGAUCUGCAUUCACAAGGCUUAAUCACCAUCAUCCUUCGAACCUGACAUUGCUCACAAAUACCUGCGCAAAAGCGUAUUUUUUAAGGCCAAAGGUAUCGAAAGAGUUGGCAGUGCAUAUGCUUCAAUCUCAGUGGCCUUGACUGAAUCAAGAGGGCAAGACGUGUGGUACAGACACUAAACUCCACUAACUGUGUUUGCUUUGGUUUAGUGUCAGCCCUGCAGCUUUAGUGACAAAUUGAAGUGAAAGACAUUUCAUCUAUUGUAUAGAUGGUUUUGUGCAGAGGGUUAUUCUGUUAUAUACUACUGUGGUAGUUUUGUGUUUCUAUUCAUUUUGCUCAAGAAGGUGCUCAAAUAAGGAACAAUUGCACUGGAUGUAAAAGUUGGGUAUCAAUGGAAUGUGAAAUCCUUGACACUGAUGAACCACUCUGACAUCUGAAUCUGAAAAUAUACUCAACAGUUUUACCAGCAAUUUAACAGUAGCACAGUUUUUAAUGUUUAAUCCAAGUCGACAGGUUCAAAGCAAGUGUGCAUUAGUUUACUGGGUACGAACAAAUUUAUCAGAGACAGUGCAACUAUUUUUAAAGACCACGAGGAGAAAGAGAAUGUUAAUGUGGUUAAGACUGGUAAUACCACUAGUUUCAGACUAAUGCUCAUCACGCAAACAUUUUUAGCUUAAGUAAACUUAGACAAGUUGUAUCAUGUGACCUAUUCUCACCAAUGGACUGAACAGUUGGGGACAGCUUGAGGAAGGCGGGCACAAUGUUACAGGUGUGCGAUCUUCGUAAGAGUUAUGUAGUUUUAUUUUGUAGAAACUAUGAGCUGCACAUUUCAGAGUGCCUUUCAGAGACAGUUAUUUAUUAUGACGUUUUCAGGGACAUAUAAAAUCAAGAAAAUGUUACUACAAAUGUGCGGUCUGUAAGGGGCGAGAGGAUCAUAUUGCAAUCAUUUGUGAGCUGUGAUUUAUUUUCACCCAGUGUUUUUAAACUUGUUUUGGCUAAGCUUUCAGUUUUAUUUUUUUCCCACGUUAUAUCUUGGAUCAAAUAGUUUGUUAUGAAGCUUUAAAAUAUUAAUAACAAUUUAGGGAUUGGUUAUGCACAUUAGCUGUAUCCUGUUGCCUUACUGUAGAAUACGGGCUUGCGUUGUUCCACUUUAGUCGAGAUCUAAGUAAAAUAUAACAAUUAAAAGUAGAUCAGACCAAAUUAACGUGUAGUUCAACUGGCAUCACUGGAGAUCUCGGUUUGUCAUUUUCAAGACACAUAAAGUAUUCCUUCAUUAUUUAACUAUGAAUGUGAACAUCAGGGGUUACAUGAUAAUUAGUAAUAUGGACGCACAUAAAAUAUCCAUAAUUUAUCUACUUUAAAACAUGUAAAUCUGUAAUGAACUGAAUAAGAAGGAGCCCGCAGUUUAACCUUUUUGAUUAUGUGGGUAUGCUUUUGAACUAUUGAUGAGCUCACUGUGCUUUUGAUUAAUUUAGAAUGGCCUUGGCUACACUAUAACAGCAUAAUUUAAAACUAUCCAAUCGCAAAUUUUCACUGUGAUGGAAACAUAGCCAUUGAGAGAAACAAGAUUCUAGAGCAACAUCAUGCUAAAGCUACGUGAAACCACACCAGCAGUACGUUUUUGUUUUGUUUGUUUUAUUUAGAAUUUACUGAAAACUAUUCAGCACCUUAGACUCAAUGUGUAGCAUGCAACUUAGAACUGAAGUUACGAGGGAAGAGCUCAUCGUUUCCCGGAUUGUACUGACUUUUGUCAAAAACAAGACACAAUAGAUGUGUAAAGUAAUAUAGGGGGAAUGCUGUAAAAUGAUGUACAUGUCAUGAAAAUGUCUUUUAUGUUCUUCUGUUUUUUUUUUUUUUUUGCUCUAUGUGUAGAAUAGUGUAUUAUAGACUAAAAAAGCAGUAUUAUUCUAAAUAUAAUUUAAACAAACCAAGCCAUGCAUGGUUUAAAAAGGUGUCACUUCUGCUUGAUACAAAGGGAGGUUCACUUUGGUUCUCAGAGCUGUAGGGUUUUUGUGCGUGUUAUUAAAACUUUUUACUUCACAGACUGAUCAUAUUUACCAGCUACUCCUGUGGAAUCCCUUAGAAGCCUUUUGAUUUCAUUGCACUCAACAUUUUCCUCUUUUCUUUUAACAUUAGCCCACCACACACAUUGCUGCCUGUGCCAUAACAUCACUGUGGAACUUGGACACAAGCGCUAUACAACCAAGGCUUCUAUUGCGUCUAUGUGCCCACAGCAAAAACUAUGUAACAACUACAAUAAAAAGGCUCAUUAAAACAUU